AUGGCAGGUCGAAUGAUAGACCAUUCCUUCCUGCAUGGUGGUUAUGGUGUGUCAGGAAUCAGUUUGCCUGUGCUGAAGAAUACAGAACUUACUGCAGCAGAAACCACCCGUGUGACUGAUCUUUGCCUGUCCUGGGACCUCCCUGUUCCAACCUCAACCAAUCACGACUGGCUGUUCCAGGAACUGCUUUCACAUGCGGUAAUUCACCGUGUUAGGCUGCCUAUCAAGCAGAUCCGCAAAGGUCUUAAAGGGACAGGAAUCUGGCCGCCUCUUUCAAGUAGACCAGAUGUCGGACCCAUAAUCUUUCCGAGGGAGUCGAAUGAGGAGCUUAACCCACAGGCUGUCAUCCAGAACAUCCACUGGCCACAACCCAAAUGUGACAGCGACGAGGACGAGGAUGACCCUGUUCCAUUGGAGAAAGUCAGUCUCAUCACUGGUUUUUUGUGGAAAUUCAUAGAGGAAGCGUCACCAGAGGUGCUGCGUGACCUCAUGAGGUUCUGGGUUGGCUGGGAGCUGCCAGCAAAAGAGCUAUUUGUUGAAGUUGCAACCUCGACCUACCCGACAGCUUUUACCUGCUUCUACAAAUUGAAGCUCCCCGGCCACUACCAGACCUACCCGAUCUUUCACCAGGAAAAUGAUGAUGGCCCUCAGUUCCGUCAGUUCCGGAUUUGGUCUUGUGUAGUUUUAAAACAAGUUGAGUUAAAGAUUUUGUUGAGUUUGUUGAGUUAAAGAUUUUUUCAGAUGUUCUCAAGAUGUUCUCAAGACGUUCUCAAGCCAAGGCUGUUUGAAUCCAAGAAGGGGGGUGCGCUUAUGGUUAAAGUGCGUAUUGGAAGUUAGAUACUACAGUGAAGAAUCAUAUAGGAAAAAAAUUCGAAUACACGAUUUUUUAGUUUUUAUUAAUAAAUCUACACUACAAGUGGCAUCUUGAGCCGUUUUUGUGAUACAAUUUUACUUCCGCAUCUCAAACGCUCGUUUUCAAGCGUGACGUAGGAAUUGGUAGACGGACGUUCUAUUCAUCAUAGACUACAUAGGCAACAUAACAAUGGAUAACAGUUUCGGACCACUUCCGUACAAUUUUGAGCCAGCUAGCCGUGAGGGAGAACAGCAACCACCUAAUAGGGGGAGACACCAUGGCAAUAGGAGGGAGAUAGAGUUGUGGUGUCAGGAGAAUCAGUGGAGAAUUGGGCAGGUGUCUUGGUGAGUAACUGGCAUUAGCUUGAGUUAAUAUUAGCUAAUGACAGCAAAUGAUGGCCACGUUUCAAUAUUUAACAGGCAUAACUUUACUAGUACUUGAUUAUAUAUGAAUCUACAGGAUGUAUAACUCCACACUAUCUCUUACAUAACUACUACUGGAGGGAUGGAGGGAGGGCGGACGGACGGGUGGGCGAGCAAGAGAGUGCGUGAUCAAACUGAAAGAAACGAGCGAAGUUAACCUCACAUUUCAUUUUGAUAGGUUAUUGUGUGGGAAAUGCCAGCCAAUGAGCUCAGCUGAGGAGAGCAUGUGUUGCAGGGAGGUGGAUCCCUUCUGGGCUCUAGUGGAGACGCUAAACCCCAGACCAGACGUAACAUGCCUGACUCUGCAUCCAGGCUUUGAGGGAUGCUGUCUGAACCCCUUUGUGCUCCAGGUAGCAUACUUGGCCUUCAAACAGGAGCAUGGCCCUCUGCAGGCCAGCACACACGAGCAGUAUCGUUACACCGCAUACAGGCAGGUUGUUCGCUGGGCCUAUGGAAUUCUUGGCAGGCACAUCAGGAAGCCCUUACCUGCAUGCAUUGUGUCUGCCAUCAGACGGCAGUUUCCAGAGGAACAUGGGGUUUAUAAAGGUUUUGGGUGGCCUCAUUUAAAUGACAGUCAAUAAAAAUAAUGUCUUAUUUUAUAGAAACUUUUAAUGAUUCUUUUCUUUUAAUAUUUAGUUCUUGCAGUUUAAAAACAAAAGGAACAUACUGCAAUACAAAUUGAAACGUAAAAUUAACCACAGCAACAAAACUAAGAUACAGGAUCAGAACUUCAUAAAAUAUUCCUGUGUAGCAUACAUAAACUGUAGACUAGAACAUAAACUUAUUUCAACCAAAGCGUGGGUGUCAAGCAGGACCAGGUGGUAACCGCAGGCAAACCUCCAGAAAAAACCUAGGGAAAGAAUAGUUUUGUUAUUAACUUCAUUAAUAAUAAAAUGCAGAUAAUCAGAAUGGGG